AAGUGUGUGCCUUGUAAGCUCCACGGUGGCCCCAACAUUAGUCAGUUGGACACCAACCAUCAAACCUAAAACAACAACGGUCGAAGCAACACCAGCAACUUUAAUAGUAUCUGAGUGCCUAGCAAACUCGUGGUGUAUCCGUCGCGUAUGGACGCACAUAUGUUGGACUAGCAACAAGCAUACGCAACACAAAACUCGUUGAAGUACGACAAAAACAAGUGCCGCGCCAAUGUUUAACGAAAUUUAAGAAGAAAAGAAAAGAAUAUUAACAAGAAAAUAUUUUAAAUAAAUUUUAUGUGACAAAAAAACAAGAUCUAAGAAUAUAAUCCGAGCUUGGGCGGACAAGAUUUAAGAAAUUUAUAUUGGUGUGGUCGUUUGUUCUUACUUGAAGCCAUCGCAGGUCUUCUGGCAGUGCAAAAGUAACCGGCAAAUCAUACGCCUACAUUCCUAGCAAAACCAUAAAAACAAAACAAUCAAGCCAAAAACAACAAAACAACUCUUUCUUUAAGUGGCUCGCUGGUUGUCUCAAUUCGCGUGCAAACUAAAGAAAAAAGUGUAACGCAUAUUAAUCAAAUUGUUCCAGAUUUUAGACACACAUCCGAUUGUGAGGAUUUUCAACUGUGAUAUUGUCUGGCUGUCAUUGGGCGACUACGUUUUUUUUUGUUCUCUACUUUUGGAAUAGAUCUUUUUCCAUAGAAAACAAGCGAAAAUUAUUACAUCAGAAUUUGUUUUCAUAAGAGCUGAUGGCUUAAAAAUGGGUCUAAGCAACAAUGAUGAUGCUAUGAAUAAAAUUCCCCUGAAAUCUGUAACAGAUGAUGAAGAGAAAAAUGGCGGUGAAUUUAUACACGACACAGCGACGGCGGAGGAAGCGAGGCGAGAGCAAAGGCGGGUGAAAUUGUUGAAUUUGAUGAAAAAGUUAACCAUCGGCAUCAUUUGUUUCAUUGGCAUUGCCUUAAUUAGUUAUGUUAUCAUCAGCUUAUGUUUUAGUGAAUGGCCAAAGUCGGGAAUAAUGCCAACAGCAACAACAGUAACAAAAACAACUACAACUACAACAACAACAGAAACACCAAGCACAAAUUCCACGAGUCUCAGCAAUAGCAAUUCCCCCAACCAAACUAUGCCCCUCAAUCUGUCCUCUAUAGUUCAAAUUCCCAACAGCACCACAAACAACGACAAAAACAAUCCCACCUCAAGCACAACAACAAUGCCACCACACACCCACCCAAGCACCCCCUCUUCACACAAUCAUGCAAAAAACUCAACACAUACAACAGAUAUCCCUUUAAUUCCUCCAUCAGCUAGUCCUUUACUAAGUUUACCCACAACCUCUAACUCUUCUCUUUUGUCAGAUGAUAAAGCCUCUGAUAAUGGCCAUGCAACAGCAACAUCAACAAGUCCCUUAGACAGCAGCAGCAAUCAAACUUUGCCAGCCUCCAUAGGGGGUAUGGAGGGUGGUGGCACCACUACAGCCAAGGCAACAGAGACCAUGGCAACACCCGCACCCACACAACAGCUGACAACAACAGGUGCCACAACAGCAGCUGCGUUGUCGUCAGGCAAUGCUACAUCUGCACCGCCAGCCUCCGCCAUUGAGGUUGACAAUGACGAUGAUGAUGAUGAUGAGGAUGCUGAGAAUGCUGAGGAUGUGGCUGUGGUGCCAGACAAGUCACUUCUCAAGGAUGCGCCUAUUCUCGAGAAGAAUUUCACCUCAAAAUUGGGUGUGUAUGAAAAGGCAGCUGUUUGCUCUGAUAAGCCUGUUUGCAGUCAAAUUGGAAGCAAUAUAUUGCAAGAUGGUGGAAGUGCCGUAGACUCAGCGAUUGCCACCUGUCUGUGCAAUGGCAUUGCGACCAUGCACAGCAUGGGCAUAGGCGGUGGCAUGCUGAUGAACGUCUAUAUUAAGGAAGACAAACAGGCAUACUCGGUGGAUGCCCGUGAAGUGGCACCCUAUGCAGCCACAGACGAUAGAUACACCAGUGCAGACAGUCAUCAACUGUUGCAUGGUCCCUUAUCCAUAGCAGUACCCGGUGAAUUAAUGGGUUAUCAUAGGGCCCACGAGAAGUUUGGUAAAUUGCCAUGGAAGAAAUUGGUCGAGCCAUCGCUGCAGAUCUGUAAGGAUGGUUUCUAUGUGACAAAGCAUCAAUACAAUGCCUUAGCCUAUAAGGAUAAGCAUAUGAGAAAUAACACCAUCUUAAGAAAAAUGUUUUAUAAUGAAACCACCAACACUCUACAUCCAGUGGGCACUUUAAUUCAACCUGCCGAAGAACUUUGCAAGACCUAUGAAUUGCUAGCAGAUAAUGGUCCUUAUGAUUUCUACAAUGGCACUUUGGCCAAAUUGGUCGCCGAGGAUUUACGGGAACUGGGCAGUAUGGUCGACUAUGGCGAUUUGGAGACAUAUCGUGCUGAUCUGGUCAGCUCGGUUACCAUGCAGUUGGGUGAUGAUAUUCUUUAUGCUGUACCGCCCAUUAGCAGUGGUACCAUAGUCUCCAAUAUUUUGAGUAUCCUAGAAGGCUACAAUUUCACCAGCAUGGAUGUUAAGGACAACAAACAUGAGGCAUUGACCAUACAUCGCAUAGUGGAGGCCAUGAAAUUUGGUUUUGCCAAGCGUUGGGAAUUGGGCGAUGCUCGUUUCAAUGAUGUCAGAGAGUUGGUUAGCCGUUUAACAAAUCCCGAGACCGGCAUUGAAUUGAGAAAUAAAAUCAAUGACAGCAGCAUUUUGGCCUCUGUGAGUGAGUAUGGUGCCCAAUAUACGGGCGAGGAUGAUGUAGGCACCAGCGCUUUGGUGGUUAUGGCGCCCAAUGGUGAUGCUGUAUCUGUAACCAGUUCCGUUAAUGAUUAUUUCGGCUCUGGCCUGGCUGGCAAGCGCACCGGCAUCAUCUUUAAUAGUGCCAUGAACGAUUUCUCUUUGCCUGGCAAGACCAAUGCAUUUGCCUUACUUCCAUCUCCGACCAAUUUUAUUGAUGCUCAAAAACGUCCCAUGUCCUCAAUGUCGCCCAUGAUAUUGGCCGACCGAGAGGGCAACGUUAAAAUGGCUGUGAGUGCUGCCGGUGGCUCGAAAAUUAUUUCAGCCCUUGUUGAGGUCAUGGCUGGUGUGCUUUGGAUGAAUCAGGAUAUUAAAGAGGCCAUUGACGAACCAAGAUACCAUCAUCAGUUGUCACCAAAUGUCUUGGAAUAUGAAAAGAAUGAACAUUUCACGGAGGAACUUCUGAAGCUCCUCUCCGAAAAGGGACAUGUGGUAAAAUCCUACAACUACACAGGAUCUGUGGUGUGUGGCAUAGUGAAAAACGAUACAGCGAUUUAUGCAAAUGCCGAUUAUAGAAAACAAGGGGGCAUAGAUGGCUUUUAAAUCAUGAUACCAAAAAAACAGAAAAAAUUAGAUAAGCAUACCAAACAUUUGUCAAAAAGGAAG